UGUCGUGGCGGUGCAUGCGCAGUAGGAUUGUGUUUUACUGCCACAAGCAAAAAUGGCGACGUCCCUAGGAGCUAACACAUACAACAGACAGAAUUGGGAAGACGCGGAUUUUCCAAUUCUGUGUCAGACAUGUUUGGGGGAAAAUCCAUACAUCCGCAUGAGCAAAGAGAAGUAUGGGAAAGAAUGCAAGAUCUGUGCACGUCCCUUCACUGUGUUCCGCUGGUGUCCAGGAACGAGGAUGCGCUUCAAGAAGACAGAGGUGUGUCAGACCUGCAGCAAGAUGAAGAACGUCUGUCAGACCUGUCUGCUUGACCUGGAGUACGGUUUGCCAAUCCAGGUCAGAGACACUGGGCUGGACAUCAAGGAUGACGUCCCGAAGUCAGACGUGAACAAGGAGUACUACACACAGAACGCGGAGAGAGAGAUAGGGAACUCUGACGGGACACGGCCAGUGGGUCUGCUGGGUAAGGCCCCCAGCUCCAGUGAGAUGCUGCUGAAGCUGGCCCGCACCACGCCGUACUACAAGAGGAACCGACCCCACAUCUGCUCCUUCUGGGUGAAGGGAGAGUGCAAGAGAGGAGAGGAGUGUCCUUAUAGGCACGAGAAGCCCACAGACCCAGACGAUCCCCUGGCAGACCAGAACAUUAAGGACCGUUACUAUGGUAUCAAUGACCCUGUGGCUGACAAGCUGCUGAAACGGGCCUCCACCAUGCCCAGACUGGACACGCCUGAGGACAAGACCAUCACCACACUCUAUGUAGGGGGGAUGGGAGAUACCAUCUCCGAUGCAGAGCUGAGGAAUCACUUCUAUCAGUUUGGGGAGAUCCGGACCACCACCAUCGUCCAGAGGCAGCAGUGUGCCUUCAUCCAGUUUGCCACACGGCAGGCGGCUGAGCUUGCUGCAGAGAAGUCCUUCAACAAGCUCAUCAUCAACGGACGCAGGCUCACCGUCAAGUGGGGCAGGUCCCAGGCAGCCAGGGGGAAGGAGGCCAUCAAGGAUGGGGUCAGUGAGAUGGGAACCAGAUUAGACCCUGUACCAGGACUGCCUGGAGCUCUCCCCCCACCCCCUGCUCUGGAAGAGGAUGCUCCUAUUAACUACUUCAAUCUGGACCCUGGUACAUCUCCUAAUGUCAUGAACAUCUCCCUGCCCCCGCCGCCUGGCAUCAACCCACCACCUCCAGGUUUUGGAGCUCCUAUGUUCCACAUGGGUUCGAUGGGUCCCCCUCCUCCCAUGGGCAUGAGACCCCCAGGACACAUCCACUACCCGUCCCAGGACCCCCAGCGCAUGGGUGCCCACGCUGCCCGUCAUGGCGACUAGUUGCCAUGGCGAUACUUCGCUAUGCCAAACAUCUGUGGUCGAGAGAAUUGCUCUGGGCAGACGUUUUCCUUAGGCACAGGUCUAGGAUCAGCUUACCCUCCCACAAUCCUCACCAUAGUAAUUAGGGGGGGAAUGCAAAACUGACCUUGCAUCAGGGGCAACGUCAUCUUACUUUUUGAGUUUCACCAGGGUGUUAGAAAAUGGCUGCCUCUUUCUCAGUUUAAGCAUCUCUCAGCAGUGGACCUGAGUUAACGGUAAAUGACUAAAGAUGUGAAAUCUGGGAAUUUAGUAUCAUAAGAGGAUUCUUAUGAGUUUUAAGGGCUUCUGUGUUUUGUGUUUGGUGGUGCAUAAUAUAAUCUGUAGACGCACCUGUCAUGGAUCAGUGUAUUCGAGAUUUACAACGUCAUAAUGGAGGAAUUGUUUAAAUGUACAAAGCAUCCUGCAGAGCAGCUUCUUGAAAGGACAAUUUUUAGACCUGUUGAUUUUCAUUCAUAUUAUGGAUUUGUUUUUUGAUACAAUGUUCAUUUUCCACAAAAUGAUUUGGUUUAUUAUUGUAAUGUUUUGUCCACUUCUGCCAUUAAAACAAGUACUCUCAUUUA